CAAGAGAGAACUUCCCUCUGAUGUGCCUCAUAUUGGCUAAAAGUUCAUUUCCAGAAAAGAACAGUGGAUCUGAAAUUCUAUUUUACUGAAUUGGGAACUGCAUGAUCUGACAAUGAGGCACUUCCUUUGGCUGUUGUUCUUUCAAGGUUUCUGGUGUUAUGAAAACCCACUGAGGAUAAGUCCUAAUUCCUUGGUGGCCUGGACAGGAUCCUGUGUCUUGAUUCCAUGUCAUAUUGAGGAAAGACUUAAUUCUAAGAAAAUCGUUGCCACCUCUGUGAUUUGGUAUUUUCAGCCUAUUUUGAAUAUGAAUUUAUUUGACUAUGUUGGUCACAUCUUAUACAAUAAUUCCAGGAUCCCAAAUGAGGAAGCAAACCUACCAAGCCCUGACUUUCAGGGGCGGGUGAGGUUUGUAGGGGAUUUAAGCAAGGGAAAUUGCAGCUUGAUGAUCACGCAGCUCCAGAAGAAAGACAAUGGCACAUAUGGGAUACAAGUGAUGGCAUCUGUGGAAAACCAAGUUAAUAAACAAAUCCUUUAUACUUCAGCUACACUGAAUGUGUCUGAUUCAUUUCCAAAACCCAAAUUAGAAAUCUUGAAAUGCCAAGAAAGGUGGGCACUGCAGGUGGUUUGCUCUGUGCCUUCCCAUUGCCCAGAAGAUCCAAUAGCAAUGAAUUUCAAAGGCCUAGAGAAGUAUCAUUCGACUGUAGAAACCACAAUGAUUAAAAAUGGAGUACUGCAGAAGACGGUCACCAUUCAACCAACUGGGAGGCCUAGGAGGAAAACAAUAACCUGCUUACUGAGUAAUAAGGACAUCUCACGGAAAUCAGCCAGUACUCUAGAGCUAGAUAUGAAAUUUUGUCCCAAUGAUGUCCAGGUUUUUGUUGUAAAUGAUCUGCCCAUAAAAGAAGGACAUAUUGUCACUUUGAACUGCUCUGUGGGUCGUAGUGUCUCUAGUACCAGCUGGUACAACUGGUGGAAGAUCGAUUCCCAUACAGCUGAUUAUAAAUACAGCAGUUCAAAGCUGUUGACCUUCCCUGCAAGUUUUGGGCCAGUGACAUCUUACAAAUGUGAAGCAUGCAAUAUUUAUGGCUGCACUUCAUCUCCACUGGUCACAAUGGAUAUCUUCUUUGCUCCCAGGAAAGUCAACAUUUGGAAAAAUCCAGGAGGUCAGAUUGAUGAAGGCAGUACUGUUGUGUUGCAUUGUGAAGUGGAUGAAGCAAACCCUGUGAAUCUCACUUACACAUGGUAUAAAGAUGGGGGAAAGAUUUUACUGGAUUCUCCACAUGCAUACUUGAACCUCAUAAACAUAGAACCAGCACAAUCUGGCAACUACUGGUGUGAAGCCAGUAACAUCGUGGGCAAGACACUUUCUCCAACAAUUACCCUUGAUGUUAUCUGUUUCCAUUGUGAUGAAAAUCCACUAAGCAUAGUUCCUAAUUUUCUGGUUGCCUGGGAAAACUCCUGCGUGGUGAUUCCAUGCCACAUCAAUCAAAUGCUCAGUUCUGGAACAGUCAAUGCAACAGCCAUAGUGUGGAAUUUUAAGCCUUUUGGGAACAAUACUUGGAGUGAUGGUAAAACUAUCCUGUUGUACAACAGUUCUCAGACUUCUGGAACCAUCACAACUGUAUCAGAUGAUGCUUUAUCGAGCCGGACAUGGUUCAUUGGGAAUUUAUCCAACAGAGAUUGCAGCUUGCUGAUCAGUCAAGUGCAAACAUUUGACAGUGGUACAUAUGAGGUAAAGGUGACUGUUUCAGCUGACAAAUACCUGUGGCAAUUCAGUCGGUUUCUUACUGCUACGCUGAAAAUCACAGAGUCCCCUCCAGAACCCACCCUGGAAAUUGUUCCUGUGAACAUCCAGGAGAGGAAGAUAACCCAAGUGAUAUGUUCAGUACCUUACCAUUGCCCUCGUAAGCUCAUAAGCUUGAAUUUCAGUGGUUUAGAAGAGCAUUUCCCAGCCCAGGAAAGGACAGUUGGAAAUGGAGUGAUUCAGACUGUGCUGAGUUUUGAACCAACAUGGGAGGACAAUGAGAAAAUGCUGCGCUGUUUGUUGAGGUCAGGGGCAGAAGUGUUAUCUCAAAGCUCUAAGAAGUUGGAUGUGACAUAUGCUCCCAAGGUUGUCCAGCUUGCUCUUUUAAAUGAUCUGCCCAUAAAGGAAGGAGAUACUAUCACGAUGAACUGCUCUUUUGGCAGUAGUAAGCCCAAUGAUAAUUGGUACAACUGGUUUAAGUCAGAUCCCUCUAUGAUUGAAUAUAAAUAUAGUGGUCCAAAUAUAUUGAGCUUCCCUGCAACAACUGGACCUUACAACACUUCUUAUAAAUGUGAAAUAUGCAACAGGAUUGGCUGCACUUCAUCUCCAGAAGUUACACUGGAGGUCUUCUCUGCUCCAAAAGAGGUGAAAAUUCUGCGGAACCCAGAAGGGCGGAUCCAUGAAUUUGCAUUUGUUAGUCUGAAAUGUGAAGUGGAAGUAGCAAACCCCAGGGAUCUGACUUUCAAAUGGUAUAAAAAUGACGAACUGCUGGAUUUUGCAGAGCGUGUGCUGACCAUCUUGAAAACGAGCCCCACCCAUUCAGGCACCUAUCACUGCGAAGCCAAAAACAGCAUGGGCAGUUCACGCUCCCCAGCUCUUAUGCUGCACGUAAUUUCUUCAAAGCAUUAACCUCUGGAGAACAGGAGGAUGGAUAAAGACUCUGACACGCAAGAUGAGCAUGCCUGGAAGAAGAUGACCUGGAAGAAGAGAAAUGGAGAAAAGAGGAAAAGAAACAGAAUUCAUACACUUCUUUUGUGAAUUUGGAUUCUUCCACUUUAUUUUCUGUGUUCAUUUUAACUGUUCUUUUUUAAAAAAAAUAUGUUAAGAUAAAGUAAGUCUUUAUAAUUUUUUUUUAAAUAAAAAGGAACCUUAUUCUA